GUGAUCGUGGCUCUGACGUCGCUGUGUCUGGACAUAUAAAGCAAGGCGCUGGUCCAGCAUUGCCGAGGACCUUCUGCCCAACUUCGUGAUUCCCAUCAACGUACCAGACCCCACCUAGCCCUCGAGUCACCAUGCAGUUCAUCACGGUCGAUGUCUUCACGGACACCUCAUUCCUCGGCAACCCCCUAGCGGUGGUCAUUGUCGAGGACAAAGAUCGAUCUGCGCUUGGGAAGGAUAAGCAACAGCUCGUUGCCAAGGAGUUCAACCUCUCCGAGACCAUUUUCCUCUACCUCCGGCCGGGCGAGACCAUACAACACCCGGACCGGUCGUCGAGCGUGCGCGAGGUGAGCAUCUUCACCAUCGAGAGCGAGCUUCCCUUCGCGGGCCACCCCACCAUCGGGGUGACCUACCUGGUCCUGCAGCACCUGGGCUGGGACUUUGUCGACACCAUCACGCCGCCGUGCGGGCCAAUCCGCAUCGCCAAGUCCUCGGCCGCCGACGGUAAGGUGACUGCGAGCAUCCCGCACGAUGUUCACCUGCACUCGCGCACGCUGCGGUCUCUGUACGAGCUGGGCGACAAGGAUGUCAGGGCCCAGAUCGAGCCCGCCCUCCAUGACGACGAGUCUAUCCGCGCCGCGGAACUCGACGCUCCUAUUUUCAGCAUCGUCAAGGGCAUGACAUUCCUGCUCGUUGAGCUCCCCAGCUUGGAUCACCUCGCCCGCGUUGAUGUCCGCAAGCGCCUGAGCCUCGGCGAAUACGUGAGCCUCCUGGAUGCAGGACCAUGGGGCCAUGGGUUCACGGCGAGAUAUUACUACGUCCCGCAGGCUGUUGUGACUGAUGAGAAUGGACUGAGAACUGAGACCAUCCGGUCGAGGAUGGUGGAGCUCGACUUUGAGGACCCGGCCACCGGCUCCGCGGCGUCGUCGCUGACUGGCUAUCUGAGCCUAAAGGGAGAUGCCGACGAGAUCAGGUACCACAUCACUCAGGGAGUCGAGCUCGGGAGAAAGAGCGAUAUCGAGACGCACAUCGUCUCAAAGCAAGGCACGGACGGAACGAGGGCGAUAAAAGAGGUGAGGCUUGGUGGCACGGCGAAGGUGGUGAUGAAGGGGGAGAUAUUCCUUUAGCAUAUUAUUAUUACCCUGCGAUGAGGACCCCGGACUGACGGGCAAAUUGAUGUUUCUGGGUGCGUCGCGCAGUCUGGGAAUCACUGUGUUUCAGGCCUACAUCCGAUCUUUGAUGUUUCUUGGAGGCAUAAAUUACCGAGAGCCCCUGGAUCUGGCGGCUACCGUGCAGACAGGCAUGGAGCGGCAGGACGGAUUGCAACAUGCGUAUGCAAGAGGCGGCCCUCCCAGAACACUGGGUCUGAGUUGAAGUUGUGAAUCAUCUGACAAACGAGGCUGCCCGACGUAGGCAGGGUGGCCAUAUUCCCUCCCGUCAAGCCUGUCCAUGAGACUGGUACGGAGUAGAUCUCUCGACUUGAUUCCACGGCCCACAGAAAGCAUUGCCAAAGAAGAGCAGACAAGAUUUGAUCGAAAUGGCUUUAAAUUGAG